UGUUUCCUCUCUUUAUCUUCUUCUUCUUUGUCUUCUUUUCAUUAUUCACAACCGAUAAGAUCUUGAUCUAUCCAUUCUCUAAUGCCACGCGAAAUCAUCACUCUCCAAGCUGGUCAAUGUGGCAAUCAGAUUGGAAGUGAAUUCUGGCGUCAACUAUGUGCUGAACACGGAAUCAGUAGCGACGGUACCUUAGAAAAGUUUGCUACAGAAGGAGGAGAUCGAAAGGAUGUAUUUUUCUAUCAGGCAGACGAUGAACAUUACAUUCCACGUGCGAUUCUACUCGAUCUUGAGCCAAGAGUUAUCAAUACCAUUCGUGAAUCUGCAUUUGCCAAUCUUUACAAUCCAGAAAAUAUCUAUGUAUCAAAAAAUGGCGGAGGAGCAGGCAACAUUUGGUCCAGCGGUUAUGCUCAGGGAGAGACAGUCAGUGAGGAUAUCAUUGACAUGGUAGAUAGAGAGGCAGAUGGAAGUGAUUCUCUUGAGGGAUUCAUGUUCUUGCACUCAAUCGCAGGUGGUACUGGCUCUGGUCUUGGAUCAUUUUUACUUGAACGUCUAAAUGAUAGAUAUCCCAAGAAGUUGAUCCAGACAUACUCUGUUUUCCCCAAUGCCGAAGAAGUAUCUGAUGUGGUUGUUCAACCAUACAACAGUAUGUUGACAUUAAAGCGCCUGGUUCACAAUGCGGACAGUGUGAUCGUUUUGGAUAAUUCUGCUCUCGCACGUAUUGCAACUGACAGUCUACACAUCAAGAACCCAACCUUUGAACAAACAAAUCAAUUGGUAUCUACUGUCAUGUCGGCUAGUACAACAACCCUGCGUUAUCCUGGUUACAUGAACAACAAUCUUGUCGGAAUGAUUGCUUCUUUAAUACCUACUCCAAGAUGUCACUUCUUAACUACUGCAUACACACCAUUUUCUAGUGAGCAAGUAGAAGAGGCUCAGUCAGUAAGAAAAACUAGUGUUCUGGACGUAAUGCGAAGAUUAUUGCAACCCAAGAAUCGAAUGGUUUCUACAGUACCAUCAAAAACCAGUUGCUAUAUCUCAGUACUCAAUAUUAUUCAAGGUGAAGCUGAUCCAACUGAUGUUCACAAAUCUCUCUUGCGCAUUCGGGAUAGUAGGAUUGCUCCUUUUAUUCCAUGGGGACCAGCAAGUAUUCAAGUGGCUCUGUCUAAAAAAUCACCUUAUAUCCAAACCCCACAUCGUGUGAGCGGAUUAAUGCUGGCCAAUCAUACUGGUAUUACUUCUCUAUUGCAACGUACAUGCGAUCAAUUUGAUCGAUUGAUGAGAAGAAAUGCAUUCUUGGAGUCAUAUCGUAAAGAUGCCAUCUUUUCAGACGAUCUAGACGAGUUUUCUGAUUCUAGAGAAGUUGUGAGAGAUCUGGUAGAUGAGUACAAGGCCUGUGAGACACCGGAUUAUGUGAACUAUGGAUCGAAAAAGGCACAAAAGAGAAAUGAUAUGGAAGAGUAAGGUUAAUUGCCUAUAAUAUAUAUACUUCUUCUUUUUAAAAGAAGUUCUCUACUUCUACCUUUACACGCAUAUGUAUAUGUAUAUAUCUAAAUUAUUAAUGUAAUAAAUGAAUUUAUGGUUAUUUUAUUUUUG